AUGGAUGUAGGUGAAAAGGGCUUAAAUUUUUUUGUUAUGAAUAAAUAUGAAAAUCACAUAAAUCAUAAAAAUUCAAAAGAAAAUAAGAAUGAAAAUUCAAACAAAGAGGGGGAUGACAUAAAUAACGCAAAUGGAUAUUAUGAUAAGGUUGAUGUAAACGAGGAGAAUGACCAAUCAUACGAUGGAUUUGUCACGAUCUCAGACCAGUCCUCAUGUGUGGGCUCGUUUUACAGAAACGAUUUUUAUGAUGAUUUAGAUGAAAAUGAUAACAAUAACGAUGAAAAGUUCAACUCAGUGAAUGGGACAAGUCAAUCAGGACCCCCCUAUUCAUGCGACAAUAAUAGAAAUGAUUCAGAAGACUCCAUGUCAGAUGAAGAAUAUGCAACUUAUAUAGAUCAAAAAGAAAGAUAUGUAAACAAAAUUCUUAAUAGAGGUGACCUGAAUAGUUAUGAGGACAAUGAUUACUUGGAACAAAUAGAAAACACAGAAAAAAAAUCGGAAAAAAAAAGUAACUGGAAGAGGCUUUUUUCCUUUAGCAGAAAUGCUCCUUUUGUAGGGAAAAGAAAUAAUGCUUCUGAGAGUAACAUCCCAUCGGCUGAAAGUACAUCCUGUUAUAGGGAAGCGAAUGGAGAUCGUCUGAAAAGCCCAAGUUUCCCAAAUGAACAUUCACUUCACAGAUAUGAAAAUCGUGAUAAAAAUUGUGAUAAAAAUUGUGAUAAAAAUUAUGAUAAAAAUUAUGAUAAAAAUUAUGAUAAAAAUUGUGAUAAAAAUUAUGAUAAAAAUUGUGAUAAAAAUUGUGAUAAAAAUUGUGAUAAAAAUUGUGAUAAUAGUCGUGAAAACAAGAGUGAGAAAAGUCGUGAAAACAAGAGUGAGAAAAGUCUGGGUGAUACACAAGAUAGCAACCCCGAUGAGCGAUGUGAACAGCAAAGUGAAGGGAGUGAAGACGAUGAAGACGAUCUGUAUUCCGUAAUAAGUGGGUCAGAGGGGGAUAACGAAAUUUUCAACGCCACUAGGAGAGACACGUUUGCAAGCAUGGUGAAUGCGUCAAGUGAUAAUGCAAACAAGGAUGAUAAAGAAAUAAGCGAGCCUCAUGAUAAUAUUCUUGCAAAUGAAGAGGAGAAUCAAGAUAAGCCAGAUUCAUCUCCACGUGCAAAUUCAUCUAAGAGGAUUAAAUUUGAGGACGAAAUAAAGCAAUAUACAGAUAAUGGGAAAAUAGCACCACAGAAAAAGGAAGAAAAACUGGAUGAGAAGAAAGAACAGGCGAAUGAAUUCCCCCUCGCUACGAACAAUCUUCCAAGCGAUCACGACACCAAAAAGAGACAAAGAGGAAAAGAAAAUCAUUUUCAAAAUAAAAAGAAUUACGAAUUUAAACAAAUUUUAUCAAACACUAUUAACAUGUGUCAUCCGAAAAUAAAGUGUGCAAAUGACACACAAGAGAUUAUAAGCAACAUGGAAAAAAUAUCAAAAAUUGUUAUACUAGAUGAUAAAAAUAAAGAAAGUAGUGGUGCUACCAAUGAGGAGGAAGAAAGCACGAAUAGCCUUUACGAUGAUGUAGAUAACAUUCUAGACGAUCGAAAAAAAAUAUAUAUGGAAAAAAAAAAUGAAUAUCUUAUGAAUAAAGCAAAGAAUACUACAUUAACAAAUGUUAGGGAGGAUGAAAAAGGAGAGCAGCAAUGCAGUAAAGGAAAUCUAAAAGAUACGCAACCAAACAUUGGUAGUAAGAGCAUGACCCAUGGCACGAAAGUUACAGAAGAGGAGAAAAUGAAUGAAGAAUCCAAGAAUUUUAUAUACUAUCUAAAUAAUGACAUGAUAGAAUUAAAUGAAAAUGUUUUUAAAUUACAUCAUGGAACAUGUGAUUAUACGCAUCGAAAUUUAUGUGCAAAAAAUAUCAUAAAUAUUGUACCACACCUUCAUAAUAUAUAUGAAAGUAAAAAUUUAAGUUAUAUUAAGGAUUCUCCAAAUUUUCAUGAAGUAUAUAAAGUUGUACCAGAAUGGAAAAAUUCCUUCGAAUUAUUGAAUAAAAAAGCACAAGAUGAUACUGAAGAUAUGAAGAAUAUAUUAAGAAGAAUUGAAAAUAUUCAAAACGAUUUAGGUGAACUGAGUAAAGAUUUAACGGAAGAUAAAAAAGAGUUCGAGAAUAUCAAAUUUGAAACUGUGCAGCAUGAAUCUAAGAUAUCAAGUUUAGAAAAAAAGAGUAAAAUGCUCAUUAAGGGAGUAUUAAAAUUGGACAACAUGUCUUUUAAACUAAAAAAAAUCCAUAAUAUAACCACGAACAAUUUGAAUAAUUUUACCAUAGUGGAAAAUGUAAACAGAUUGCUAAAAUAUAUGGAUAAUGCAUUGACUGAUUAUUCACAACUUUUCUCAGAAGAAAAAAGUAUGGAAAUUUUGAGAUUUCAACCAAUUGAUAAUGUAUAUAAUUUUUUAACAAACACAGAUGAUGAGUCAUGUUUCAUUAUGAAUUUACUGAGAGAGGAACUAAAAGAAAUGAUAUUAGAAAAGAAAGAUCAGAUGCAAAACAUAAUCAGAAGGACUAUGUUAUACAAUGCAUAUGAUACAAAUACAUACAAAGAGCAUAUUACAAAUGCAUUAAAUAAACAGACCAUAGUAAUUAAUCGAAUAAAAUGUAACAUUCAGUGUAACGUAAUUUUACUAUUUGACAUGUAUAAAAAGUUUGCUAAAAAGAAUAUGAAAGUAAUAAAAAUUUCAGAAAAUCAUGUCAAAGAUUAUAUAAAUGAAGAAACAAAAAAAUUGUAUAUAAUAAAAUCAUAUAAUGAUGCAAAAAAGAAUAUUUCCAAAUAUUUUAAUUGUAUUAAUUUUACACGAAACAAACCAAUUAUUCAUCCAUUUUUUAUUCAUUUUUGUUUAAGCGACAAAUUUGUACAUCACUUUAUCACAUUUGUGUUGGAUCCAUUAUCAGAUCAAAAUCAGAAAAAUUUCUUGCAAUAUUGUUCUGUGCCUGGAUUUAAUUCCAUGUUAUUCAUCGAAAAAAUUGUCAAGUUGUAUAAACAAGAAGAGCAUUUUACGAAGAAUGAUACUUCAUAUGAUUUUACUUCUGCGUAUUCGAGAAUUAUCCUUUCCGAUUUUUCAGAUAUGGUUAAUAAUCCUUACGCAAAUCAGCAGUAUGAAAAAUGGAAUGAAGAAAAUCGUUACCUAAUUGCUUUGAAAAAUGCAUCAGAUGCUUGUUUCAAGUCUAUUUUAACAAACAAUCAAUAUGACCACUUUUCAUGUUUGGACACUAAUAAUUCCUUCAAUUUGUUUUACUAUAUACCCGAUGGGAUAACAAACAUGACUAACAAUUCAAUAGGCCCCACUUAUGCAAAUUAUGCACAUCCAUAUAGUAAUAGUAAUAAUUUCAAUUUAAGCCUUAAUACUAAUAACCCGAAUGCAGCCUUUGGAGUCUCCCAAAUUUACAACAUGAAUAAUUGCAAUGCAACUCCCGCAUUUCUUAAUAGUAUGAUGAUGAAUAACAAUUCCACACUUAGUAACAACAUGAAUAGUAUGUUUUCUCAAAGUAAUGGAAAUUUAUUUCGUAGUGAUGCUUCUUCCCCCAUGGGCAUAAGUGAUGGAGUCAAUGCAACUUUCACCAUGAAUAGCAAGAAUCCUCUAGUUGGUCUCUCCAACCAGUUUGGUGAUAUGAAUAAACAGUUAGGAAGUUCAGUAAACACGAAUCAGAACAAUAUGUUUGGAAAUGUCUCAAUGAAUAACUUAUCAGGAGGGGGAACAAGCAGCAUAUUUAACUACAACAAUACCAGCAACAAUGGAAACAAUUUUAUGUCGUCUGGAUUUAAUCAAAACAGAAGCAGUAACUCCUUUCUGAAUAAUGCACCUGGGGGAAUGUUCGCCAGUGCAAAUUCGGCUCUGAUGCCUAGUAACACGAACCAAUUGGAUAACUCCACAAAUCUGUUUAGAGGCAAUGUGAACAGUUCUUCCAACCUGUUUGGUAAUAAUUUAAAACCCAGCGUUCCAAAUAUGUCUAGUAACAUGUUCGCAAAUAAUGUGUCCAAUAAUCAACUCGGUUGUGGUAUGAAUAACCUGUUUAGUGGAAGUGGAAAUAGUAGUGGUGAUAACAUGAGCAGGGGAAAUUUCUUCAGUGAUACCGGAAGUAGUAGCAAUGCGUUAGGCAUGUCUAACAAUACACUGAAGAACACGAACACAUGGAUGUUUAAUCAGAACAAUAAUUCUAAUUCCAGUCAUUUUGGUGGCCUUUCAACAAAUAACGCAAAUAUUGGAAACACUCAAAAUAUGAAAAGUAUACAAGAUCAUUUAGGCUCUCUGUUCAACAACGGCACAAAUACAUCGGCCAUUGUGAACAAUUUAAACAGAAAUAUAAGCAGCAAUAUAAACAGCAAUAUAAACAGCAAUAUAAGCAGCAAUAUAAACAGCAAUAUAAACAGCAAUAUAAACAGCAAUAUAAACAGCAAUAAUGGUAACAUGUUUCAAUCGCUUAACAACCAAAACAAAACCAACAUCUUUUCAAGUAAUAAUAAUAAUAGUAACACGAUCGGAAAAAACUUUAGCAAUUCCAGUAAUUCUUUAUUAAGAGAUGGAAUGUUUUCAUCAUCUCAACAAUCUGGUAGGAAUCAAAUGAUGAAUAAUAAUUUAUUUUCCACAAAUAAAGGUACAAUGAAUAUUUCAACGAAUAAUAAUGCAUUUUUUUCAAACAGUAUUGCAAAUAUGGGAACAACUCCUACAUUUAAUAAUAGACAAAAUUAUGGCAAUACGUCGAAUAACACCACCACAGGUAUAAACACAAGUAGUAUCAACCAGAAUGGUAACCUCUUUAGUAGGAGUGGUAUGUUCAAUAACCAAUUGUCGUCCCUUAGUGGGAAUAGUAAUUAUAACAAUGCACAAGGAAACAGUAAUAAUAAUAUGGAUAAUUCCUUUUCUGCAAAUAAAUAUGCAAACUAUUUCCAAAAUAAUAACACACAGAAAAGUAACAUAUUUGGCACCACUUCUAGCAACUUAUCAAGUAAUAAUAGUACCAAUUUAUUUCCCAUCAAUUCGAAUAGCAAAAGUAGCAACAUAUUUAAUAAUGCAAACAGUAGUAACAAUAUGACAUCAGGUAAUAUAUUUAACAACAAUAUGUCAUAUGAUAGCACUAGCAAUAAUUUAGCUUACAACAACAAUGGUAAUACUAACAAUAGUUUAUUAAGCUCACACAACAAUCAAUUUAGACCGAAUGCAAGUUUCAUGCCUGGAAGUAGCACUACACCGGGUACCAAUAAUAACUUGCUUUUAUCCAACAACAAUAGCAACAAAUCUUCAUUUAUGUUUUCAAAUGAAAGUAAAGGAACUAAUAACAUUGGAACACAUGACGAUAAAUUAUUUCAAAAUUCAAGUAGCAAUUUUUUGUCAAAUAAUAAAGCUGGAAUGGCAUCACCAUCAAAUAUGUCAAACAGUUUGUUUCAAAAAAAUACAUUUUCUUCCAUAAAUCAGAACAAAGGAUCUAUACCCAAUUUUAACAACUCUUCCCCAUCAGACAAUUUCGGCUUGGUAAACCACAAUGCCGCUCUGAUGGGAGGAGGAGGGACCUUGACUGGUAUAUCUAGUGGUGUGAAUUUGAACACAUUUAACAAUAGCAAUAAUAGUAACAAUACUAAUAACCGAUUUCAACAGAACAAUUCAUCGAAUUUUACCUCAUCCUUUAAUUCAUCCAAUAAGACCAAUACCAUCUUUUCAAGAUAA